UCAUGCUGAAUCACAAAUUACAUGUUUCGUGAUGAUUGCAACAAAUUAAAGAACUAUAUAAAAGUCAACUUGUUAUCAUCAGCACUAACAAUCGUAGUGCACGCGAGAGUUGCCGUUUAACAGAAGACACGUUAAGUAUAAAACGAUACUCUUCGAACAAAAAAUAUUUGUUGAAAAAGUUGAAUUCACAAUGUCUCUUCUUAGUGCCGGAUUAUUCUAUGAUUUGGUAGUGAUUGGGGUAACUCUUCUAGUAGUACUAGUAAUGUAUUACAAAUGGUCAUUUGGAUAUUGGAAAAGACGAGGAUUAAGUUAUUUGGAGCCAUCUAUACCUUUUGGUAACACUGGCAAGCUUUUUACAUCGAAAGCAAGUUUUGCUGAACAAUUUGCCGAGUUCUACCAUCAAUUUAAAAAGCAAGGAUUGAAACAUGGGGGAGUCUACAUGUUUGCACGCCCAUUUUACGUUCCCACUGACCCUACGAUAAUCAAAAGCAUUCUGCAGAAGGAUUUUUCCCAUUUUAUUGAUCGGGGAUUUUAUAUAAAUGAAGAAAACGAUCCUUUAAGUGGUCAUCUGUUUUCACUAGAAGGUACAAAAUGGAAAAAUCUGCGUCAAAAAUUAUCAGCUACUUUUACUUCUGGUAAAAUGAAAAUGAUGUUCGAUACAAUGGCAAAUUGUGCUAAAGAACUGGACAGUUUAUUCAAUCAAAUGGCAACACGUAAAGAACCCGUAGACAUUAAAGAUGUUCUAGCAAGGUUUACGACCGACGUAAUUACCUCCUGCGCUUUUGGAAUAGAAGGUAAUAGUCUUAAGCAUCCCAACACCCCUCUACGAUAUUUUGGAAAACGCGUCGUCGAGAACACACUUUGGGAAAAUUUCAAGAAUCUCGCACAAUUCAUGCUUCAUCCAAAAUUCCUGGAUACAAUUCAAUUUAAAGUAAAUAAACACGACGUAGAAGAUUUUAUAUUAAAUCUGGUGAAGAGUACAGUGAACUACAGAGAAAAAAAUAACGUUUACAGGAAAGAUUUUCUUCAUUUGUUGCUUCAAUUAAAAAACAGAGGAAAAAUUUCUGAUGAUGAAAUUAUACUCAGCAGUGACAAAGGAGGGGAAAUAGGACUGACUUUCAACGAAUUAGCUGCUCAAGUUUUUGUGUUCUUUGUUGCGGGCUACGAAACAUCAUCGACUGCGAUGACUUUUGCAUUGUAUGAACUGAGCCAUCACCAAGAUAUACAAGAUAAACUGCGAAACGAAAUUAAUACUGUUCUGGCAAAGCAUAACAACCAAAUAUCUUACGAGGCCUUAAUGGAAAUGACGUAUUUGGACCAAGUCAUUAAUGAAACAUUAAGAAAACAUUCACCUUUAGCGUUUUUAAACAGAAAAUGUACUCAAGCAUACGACGUUCCUGACACUAAUAUUCGUUUAGAGGAAGGAACAAUGAUCGUAAUACCUACUCUAGCCAUCCAUUACGAUGCAGAUUAUUAUCCAGAACCUUCGAAAUUUGAUCCUGAACGUUUUUCCGAUAUGAAUAAAAAUAGUCGUCCGCCAUGUACAUGGAUGCCUUUUGGUGAAGGUCCUAGAAUUUGCAUAGGUUUAAGAUUCGGAAUGUUACAGACCAAAAUAGGACUAGUGACUCUACUUCGAAGCCGUAAGGUGACGUUAAGCGAAAAAACGCAAUUGCCUUUAGUGAUGAAUAAAAAAGCGUUUAUUACCACUACUGACAAGGAAAUUUGGCUAAACAUAUCAGAAAUGCCCAUUAAAACCAUGGCUAUAGUUACAGCUUGCCUCUGCUAUGACAUCAUAGCAAUUAUUGUGACUCUUGUGAUUGGCGGAAUAGCAUAUAUGAAAUGGAAAUUCACUUAUUGGGAACAAAUGGGUGUACCAACUUUAACGCCUACAAUUCCGUUUGGUACCGCUAAGGAUCUAAUGUUGGGUCGUCUAUCCUUCGGAGAACAGUUCCGCGAAGUUUACAGGAUUAUGAAAGAAAAAGGUCAUCAGCACGCUGGUUUUUACAUAGGACCAUCACCGGGAUAUGUGCCGAUAGAUCCUGAAAUCAUUAAACACAUCAUGCAAACCGACUUCCAACACUUUAAUAGUCAUGGUGGCUUCUUAGACGAAGAAACCGAUCCCUUGAGCGGGCACUUGUUUAAUCUGGAGGAUGUCAAAUGGAGAAAUUUGAGAGUAAAACUAACUCCGACAUUCACGUCCGGCAAAAUGAAGAUGAUGUUCCAGACCAUAGCAAUAAUUAGCGACAAUUUAAAGAAUUUAAUAGACGAUUCGGCUGAUAACGACUUAGGUAUUGAUAUCAGGGACAUUCUCAGUAGAUUCGGAACUGAUGUUAUCAGUUCGGUGGCAUUUGGAUUGGAAUGUGAUAGUCUGAAAGAUCCAGAUGCACCAUUUAGGACUUUCGGCAAAAAAGCUACUGAAAUGGAUUUUUGGGAUACAAUUAAAAUUUUUAUGCAAGUGAUUUUACCUCACUGGUUUUUGCACGCAAUUAAACACAAGUUUACUAAGAGAGAUGUUGAGGAAUUUUUCAUGAAGGUUGUUCGUAACACCGUCGAAUACAGAGAAAAGAAUAACUAUUACCGAAAAGAUUUCAUGCAUUUACUUUUGCAACUGAAAAAUCGGGGGACUGUGGCCGAUGACGAACAAAUCAAAGAUGAAACAGGCGAGUCCAAAGAAGUUGCUUUAACCAUGAAUCAGUUGGCCGCACAAGCUUACGUUUUCUUCAUGGCUGGAUACGAAACUUCUUCUACCACGGUCACCUUUGCUUUAUAUGAGCUUGCUGUCAAUUCCGACAUUCAAAGUAAAUUAAGGGAAGAAGUAAAUUCUGUACUAGCUAGACAUGACAACAAAAUGACCUACGAAGCAGUAAUGGAAAUGACAUUUAUGGAAAAAGUUUUGUUUGAAACUCUUCGAAAAUAUCCGCCGCUACCAAUUUUAACAAGAUUGUGCACGAAAGAUUACAUUAUACCGGGUACCGACGUACAGCUGAAUAAAGGUGUAGGAGUUAUGAUUUCAGUACUGGGAUUACAUAGCGAUCCAGAAUAUUAUCCGAAUCCAGAUAUUUUUGAUCCAGAGCGAUUUUCUGAGGAGAAUAAACAAAGCAGACCAUCUUUUACGUGGCUGCCAUUUGGUGACGGGCCAAGAAUUUGUAUCGGAAUGCGAUUUGGUAUACUUCAAAGCAAAGUGGCCUUAGCUACUUUUGUCAAGAAUUACGAUAUUAAAUUAAACAAAAGAACACUCAGUCCUUUGCAAUUUGAUAAACGAGCUUUCGUUUCAAGAGUAGCAGGAGGAGUUUGGCUUGACGUCACGAAGUUGACUUAAAUAUUUACUAUUUUACACAGUUUUUAUUACGUUUUGUAAUACGUAAUUAUAAUCGUAAUGUAAUUUGCUAACUAAUUUUGAUGUGAGUUGAUGUUGAUGACAGUCAAAAUAAAUAUCCGAUAAUAAAUGUGA